CGCCGCAAGAAGUGCCUUGACAGAUCCAACAGCAGAUAUGUCAAAAAAUAAUGUCUUGUCUACAAACGAAGCCAUUGAGAAUCUCAUUUCCACUUUCAACGAGCUCAACAGCAAUAGUAUCGAUGAACUCCACAACGAACCGAGCCCCCUAGAAUUCAUGCGAUAUGUUGCUCGCAACACACCAUUCGUAAUAAGGGGCGGGGCUUCGUCAUGGAAAGCCUGUCAGGAUUGGAAUUCUGCGUAUCUACUAUCUGUGAUGAAGGGGCAGAAUGUGAAUGUUGCUGUCACGCCAUAUGGCAAUGCUGAUAUGCCUACCGUGCCACCCGGUGAAGAAUCACUGGUCUUUGCAAAGCCUCACUAUGAGGACCAGCCCUUUGAAGAGCUACUUGAGUAUGUAGCACGACAAGAUACAGAUCCUGACUUUCCUCCUGAUGCCGAAGUGCGCUAUGCCCAGACUCAAAAUGACAACCUUCACGAAGAGUACAUCACCCUUUUCUCAGAUGUUCAAAAGGAUAUUCCUUUUGCAAGAAUAGCACUUGAUAAGAGCCCCGAUGCCGUAAACCUAUGGAUCGGUAACUCCAAAUCUGUUACAGCCAUGCACAAAGAUAACUACGAAAACAUCUACGUACAGAUCCUGGGAAGAAAGCACUUUGUCCUGCUGCCUUCUCUAUGCCACCCUUGUGUCAACGAGCAACCUCUCAGACCCGCAACGUACAUGCGCGGAGAAAAUGGCAUGGAGCUAAAGAUGGAUCCUACUAAUGAUGAGGCUGUUCCUUUCGCAAUUUGGGAUCCGGAUAAGCCUGAGCAAAAUGCUACAAAGUUCUCCCAUCUUGCCCGGCCUUUACGAGUAACAUUGAACCCUGGAGAUAUGCUUUAUCUUCCUGCUAUGUGGUAUCACAAAGUGCUUCAAUCGUGCGCCGAGGAAGACGAAGGAUUCGUCCUCGCCGUCAAUUACUGGUACCAAACCACAUGCUUUUGA